AUGCCAGCCUGGCACCCCCGAGCCGACAAAGUGACAGGGCUGUGGUUCAACCUCGUCAUUGGACUCAGAAACAUUUCCACCAACAUUCUGGUCUUGAAGUCGGAGGAUUUCAGCAACGCGAUCAAUGCCACCUUGAAGAGGCUCGGCUCCUUCGCAGGUGUAAGUCCUGACGGCUUCCCAUCGGCGACUGUUCUUGGCCGCACCAACUCGCAACAUAGUGUUGAUGGCCGAGGACAGGACACCUUCCAGAGAGGUUUUUGGGCCGUAGCCGGCGUGUAUGAGAUUUCUCGACGGAGGCCCAUGUUGUGCGAAACGAGACUGCUCAUCUAUUCCAAGACCAACGACGUCUGCGGAGUGCUGAGCUCGUCUUUUGGAGUCCACUACGGCGAGUGUCUUGGAGAUGAUCCUGUGAAGUGCACGAACGAGCCUGGAAAUAAGUAUCUGAAAGGCCAGGGGCCAACGAAGAUGAUCACGACGACCAUUGCCCCCAUUACAACAACCAUAGGCCCUUCCACGCUCAUGUUACUCAUGGCCGAGACCAGGGCAUCCAGCUUGGAUGUCAUGGCCAUUCCCAUCUUCAUUGCGGGGAUGAGCUGUGGCCUUGGCGUUGGCCGGCUGAGAGGUCGAUGA